UGUAAUUCAUUAUAUAAUCCCACCUCAAGCUGAAAAUAGAAACACAAGUUAAUCUGCGGUUGUAGAACCUCAGGCCCUCUGGCCGGAAUUGUUCAUCGAUUCAGGCGUGUUUACGAACAAAAACUAGUCCUUUCUUGUUCAGUUGGGCGAUAAUCAUCUGAACACAUACAUACAGGUUUUGCAUUAGUAAAAUGGCAAAACCUGAUCGAGUACCGGACAACGAAGUUGGUCAGGUGCGGGAAGAAACAGAAGAGAGAGAGGAUGAAGAACAUACAACAUCUGAAUUGCCAGACACACAGGCAACAGCUGAGUUGAACCUCCUCAUUGUGUUUCUUUCGUUAUCUUCCUCUCGAAAUUCAGAAGAAAGCUUAGAGUUUGCAGAGAAAGAAGUCAAAGAACAAGAAAGACAGAAAAGUGAAGCUAAAGCUAAGAUCAAGAGACUGCAAAAACGGGAGAUAGACGAGGCCAAGCCAGUUCGGAGACUAACAACUCAAAAGUUCAAAACAACAGUAAUCGAUUCGAGGCAUGGCCGAAAAAUGUGAAGAAAAAUGGCAUUCAAGGAGGAAAUGGAUUGCAGGAUUUCUCUACACUUUUGACAGUUGAUGCUAUGGCUAAUAAGAGCAGCCUCUCUCAUGAUCCUGGGAUUGUCUCAGGCUUCAAGUGCUUUCAUGGAUGAUGUUUGUGGAGUUAUGAUCGAGGAGCAGAAGAUCGAAAAUUAGCCUCCAUGGCUAGUUUUUCUUGGUGUUGCUUUUUGCUUUAGGCCCAGGCCCUUUGGGCCUCGCUGUAACCCAAAAAUACACUUUCAUAAACAAUUUUUCUCCUUUCACUGUA